CUCUCUCUCUCUCUCUCUCUCUCUCUCCAAACUCAUCUGCACAACACAGAGAGCCAAUUAACGUCACCAUGUUCAAAACUCUCUCAAUCUGAUCUUUCACAUACCUUAACCCUAACCCUAAUCUCUGAUUUUCCCAAAAACCCUAACCUUAAUUUCAAUGAAUUAUUUUGUUUGAAAAAUCUAAGCUUUCAGAUCCAAUUAUAAAUUUCCUCACAUGAUUGAUAAAAACAGAUUUUUUGUUCAUUUGUGAUCCAUUGGGUUUUCAUAUAACCCAACAUUGUAUGUUCAAAUCUGUAGAUUUGAGAGGGGUGAUUGAGAGAUUGAUUUUGGGGUGUUUGUUGUGAGGAUGUCGAAUUUGUAUGGAGAUUUUAAUCAAAAGAUUGAUUAUGUAUUCAAGGUGGUAUUGAUAGGGGACUCAGCUGUAGGGAAAUCUCAGCUAUUGGCACGGUUUGCGAGGAAUGAAUUUAGUUUGGAUUCGAAAGCAACAAUUGGGGUUGAAUUCCAGACUAAAACACUUGUUAUCGAUCACAAGACGGUGAAAGCUCAGAUUUGGGACACUGCUGGCCAAGAAAGGUAUCGAGCAGUGACGAGUGCAUACUACCGUGGCGCAGUUGGUGCAAUGUUAGUCUAUGACAUGACAAAGCGCCAAUCAUUCGACCACAUGGCUAGGUGGCUUGAGGAACUAAGGGGGCACGCUGAUAAGAACAUUGUAAUCAUGCUCAUUGGUAACAAGUGUGACUUGGGAAGUCUUCGAGCAGUACCAACUGAAGAUGCCCAAGAGUUUGCUGAGAGAGAGAACCUAUGUUUUAUGGAGACAUCUGCACUUGAGGCCACCAAUGUCGAAAGUGCAUUUUUGACAGUUUUGACAGAAAUAUACCGCAUCAUGAGCAAGAAGACCCUUCUUGCCAAUGAUGGAUCAGACUAUGCCAAGUCAGCAUCUCUCAAGGGAACUAGGAUUAUUGUUCCGAGCCAAAACUCAGAUUCAGGAGGGAGAAAGGGUUGUUGCAUGUCAUCAUCGUAAUCUUUAUUUUCCACCUUUUACAUUAAAUUUUCUUAAAUUUUUAUUUAUCUUGAAAUGUGUUCAUUUAGGAUGGAUUUUUUUGAAGAAAAAAGUUGUUUUUUAGAAAGAGUGGAUUGACAUUUUAGGAUGAAAUGUGCAUUGCUAAGGGUAUGUUGUUGUUCAUAAGUGUGCUAUUUUUUGAAGUGCUUGCCUAGAUUGAGAUGAAAAUCAAGCAGCUUCCUUCUUGAAAGGCAGUCUUCUCAUAG